CCAUCUCUCUCUCUUCACUCCACAGUCUCUCUCACUCCUUUCUUCUUCUUCCUCCUCCUCCAUUUUAUCUCCUCCUCCUCUAUACAUUUAGUUUUUAUUACUAGGGAUCUGUUCUAAAUCCAGAGAAAUUCACUGAAACUACAACAAAAAUUUAAACCCUAAAACAAUUUUCGAAUUCGAUCCAUUUCAUGAUUUAUCGAUCUAGAACGAGCUGUUGCUGUUGUUGUGAUGAGUUAGGUUUUUAGAUAGAAAUAAAAUCGUUAAAACCACAAAUGUGGUGAUUAGUGAGGAUUGUUUUGAAUUCUUUGAAUUUUUGAAAGUGGGGAGGAAAAAUGGGAUUGUGUAACUCAAAACCCUCCCCCAAACCAAAUCCAUACGCACCACCAGAGGAGCUUCAACAUAACCCUAGUCCUACUCAGAGUAAAAAGAGUAGUACUAAUAAAAGUUCUUUGUCAUCGCCGAUUAAUGGCGUUAAUACGAAUAAUAAUCAAGAAGUGAAUCAGAAGAAGAAAGAUGAGAAGGUUGAAGAAUCAGUAAAGAGAUCACCAUUUUUUCCAUUUUACAGUCCAAGUCCAGCUCACUAUUUGUUUUCAAAGAAAUCAUCACCAGCUCAUAGUUCUAAUUCUAACUCAACAACACCAAGAAGAUUUUUUAAAAAACCAUUUCCACCACCAUCUCCAGCUAAACAUAUUAGGGCAGUUUUAGCCAGGAGGCAUGGGUCUGUUAAACCUAAUACGUCAUCUACUGCUGCAAUACCAGAAGAAGGAAAUGAGAAUGAAAAUGGUGCUGGUGCUAAUGGUUUAGAUAAAAGUUUUGGAUUCUCUAAACAUUUUGGGAACAAGUAUGAACUCGGUGAUGAAGUAGGUCGUGGUCAUUUUGGGUAUACUUGUUGUGCUAAGUUUAAAAAAGGUGAACUUAAAGGUCAGCAAGUUGCUGUUAAGGUUAUCCCUAAAGCUAAGAUGACUACAGCCAUUGCCAUUGAGGAUGUUAGAAGGGAGGUGAAAAUUCUAAGAGCGUUGACAGGACAUAGUAAUCUAGUGCAGUUCUAUGAUGCAUACGAAGACAAUGAGAAUGUCUACAUAGUGAUGGAGUUAUGUGAAGGAGGUGAGCUUUUGGAUAGAAUUCUUGCAAGAGGCGGAAAAUACACUGAAGACGAUGCAAAAGCAGUCAUGGUACAAAUAUUGAACGUUGUCUCAUUCUGCCAUCUUCAGGGUGUUGUUCACCGUGAUCUAAAACCAGAGAAUUUCUUGUUCACCUCAAAGGAUGAAAACUCGCAAUUGAAGGCCAUUGAUUUUGGCUUGUCGGAUUUUGUGAAACCAGAUGAAAGGCUUAAUGACAUUGUUGGAAGUGCAUACUAUGUUGCACCCGAAGUUCUACAUAGAUCUUACAGCACAGAGGCUGAUGUGUGGAGUAUUGGUGUGAUAGCAUAUAUUCUUUUAUGUGGAAGUCGCCCAUUCUGGGCUCGCACAGAGUCUGGGAUCUUUCGAGCAGUUUUAAAGGCAGACCCAAGUUUCGAUGAACUUCCUUGGCCUACUUUAUCUUCUGAAGCCAAGGAUUUUGUCAAGCGUCUAUUGAAUAAAGACCCACGUAAACGGAUGACGGCUGCUCAGGCAUUAAGUCAUCCUUGGAUUAGGAACUAUAAUGAUAUAAAAGUACCUCUGGACAUCCUAAUAUUCAGGCUGAUGAAAGCCUAUAUGCGCUCAUCAUCUCUACGUAAAGCUGCAUUAAGAGCAUUGUCCAAGACAUUGACUGUGGACGAACUCUUUUAUCUGAAGGAGCAGUUUGCACUAUUGGAACCUAAUAAAAUUGGUGCAAUAACCUUGGAGAAUAUCCGGACGGCUUUGACGAAAAAUGCGACAGACGCAAUGAAGGAAUCUCGUGUUCAUGAUUUCCUCGCUUCGCUAAAUGGUCUACAGUACAGAAAGAUGGAUUUUGAAGAAUUUUGCGCAGCAGCAUUAAGCGUUCAUCAACUUGAAACACUUGAUCGGUGGGAGCAACAUGCUCGUUGUGCCUAUGAGCUUUUCGAGAAGGAUGGGAACAGAGCUAUUAUCAUUGAAGAACUUGCUUCUGAGCUCGGUCUUAGUCCUAAUGUUCCGGUCCAUGCAGUUCUUCAUGAUUGGAUCAGGCAUACAGAUGGGAAGUUAAGCUUCCUUGGUUUCGUCAAAUUGUUGCAUGGUGUAUCAAGUCGAACCCUAGCAAAGGUUCAAUAAAAGUCAAGAAAACAACGUGAAGACAUGAGAACUCCGGGGAAGAAUUUACUCAUCUGUCAGAAUAUAAAUGUUUUUCUUUAAUGCAUUACAUAUCUAAGGUGUGUGCUUUGAACAAAAAACAAGCACGACCAAAAAUGGCACAAGAAAGAAGACACAGACGUUGUCUGCGACAAGAAUCAGGCUGGGGAAGAGAAGAAGAAUGUGAGGUUCCAUUUACGGAAAAGUACAUGUACUGGAGUUCCAUAUAUAUCAUUGCAAAAUCUUUAGCUUCUAGUAAAAAAUGAAAGGGGUGAUUGGGCAUUUGAUGAGGAGAGGAUAGUAUAACUGGUGUUGUUAGUUUUAUAUAAUAUAUACUGUUAUGUUUCACUUUCCAUCAAAAACUAGAAUAACUCGACCUUGCU